AUGAAGUCUAUGCGUGCUCUUGCUGCUGUUGCCAGAGCUGCGGCCGUGGCCGCCGUGACUGUGCAUCCCGUAUUCAACUUGAACAUCGCCGUGAUGGGAAACUCGCGCCUUGUAGCUACUCUAACUAACGAAGGCCUUGAGCCAGUCGUGGUGCUGAAUGCAGAUGGCCUUCUCAGUGAAUACCCCGUACAAAAAGUCCACAUUACUUCCGAAGAAACAGGAGAAAACAUCCCAUUCCAGGGUCUUCGCGGCUACAUAGAUCGCGACCUUCUCACCGCGACAGACUUCACGACAAUCCUCCCCAGACAAAGCGAAGAAGUCGUCUUUGACGUCGCCGAGACCUUCGAUCUCACCGAGGGUGGCCGCUACAUGAUCCAAUCCCGCCUCAACAUCGACUACGCCGUCAACGGCGACAUCACCAAUAUCGGCACGCAUGCCAUCGAGUCCAACACGCUGCUCACAGAGAUUGACGGCCAACAAGCAUCCUACUCUUUACACUCUUUUCGCUCUACGCACCAGAAGCGCGCCAACAUAAACUCCAACUGCUCCGGAGCACAGCGCAGCGCCGUCGAAGCAUCAGUCAAGCACACGCACAGCAUGGCUAUCGAGGCCUCCAAAGCAGCCAAGAGCGGCCCGGCCAAGAAGAUGGAAGAAUAUUUUAAGCGAACCGACGAUAACACGCGCAACAUUGUUGCAGGUGUGUUUGACAAAAUGGCCAGAGUGUACAGCGGAGGUGGCAAGCCGAACCUGCACUGCAGAGAUAUUCACAACUACUGUGGGCGCGGGUGGGUGGCAUACUGUGUGUUUUCACCGUCAGAUAUUGUUUUUUGCAACACGUGGUUCCAGAGGUUCAAGGAACUCGACAAGGGUUGCAGAAAGGUCGACCAGGCGUUCAUUGCACUACACGAGGCGACGCAUUUGAACGAGGUGAAGAAUACUGAUGACUAUGGCGUCUAUGGAUAUGAUGGAUUGCGCCGUCUGUCUGCUGAUAAGAACAUUAACCAUGCGGAUACGUAUUCGUACUUUGCCCACGAUGUGUUGGCAGGCUGCUAA